AUGGCUUUUUAUAAUGUCAAUGAGUUAGACAUAGCUAUCAAUAUUACGUCUAAUACACUGAAUACUAUUGCAUUAACAAUUCCAGCUUUCACUCUUAAAACAUGCCAAUCUUAUAAUCUUGGUGAAGAAGAUUCAGUUACUACACCAUCACAGCAACAAGCCUAUUUCUGUAUUGAAAUACCACAUUCGCAUGAAAAUGAAACACCAUUGUGA